AUGAGUUCAAGAAGAAAGGUAGAGGACAGUUAUGAAGAGAGUGAUGGAGAGGAUGAAGAGGACCUAUUUAGUGGAGGUGAGGGAGAAGGAGGAGAAGAAGAAGAAGAGGACGAUGGAAAGGCAAAGAAGAGAAAGUACAAGUCACCUUCAAAGACAACCACAGAACCCAAAUCAAAACCUAUACCUCAACUACCAUACACUGAUAGAAUGUUUAUAUUGUAUAAUAAUAAAAAGAAUCAACUAAAACAAGAAAAACAACAAUCAUCGUCUUCAUCAUCUUCACCAAAUAGUCAUAAAGGAAAACAUAUCAUUUCAAUACCACAUCCAAAGACAUUACAAGAAUCUAGGUUUAUCAUAGAUUGUGAUGCCAACACUCUAUUGGAAAUUAAUAACUUGAAUCAGAAACCAUCAUCGUGGUUGGUAAAUGAUGGUGUAAGACAUGAUGGAUCAUUAUAUAUUACAACACCAUUUGAUCCAAUGUUUAUUAUGAUUCGAUAUUUGGAAGAUAGAGAUGACAAAUUUACCAAUCUAUCAUCGAUUAAAGAAGAGCCAACCUAUGCCAAACUAACACAAAAGGGAUUUAAAUGGGAUGAAGAUCAAAUCAUUAUGGUGUGUGAUUGGAAGGAUCUCAUCAACGAUCGAUUUUAUAAACUAAACAAAGAUAAACUAUUGAAAUGGUUGCAGGUCAAAGUCAACACCCUCGUAUCCUAUCUCAAAAUAUCAAAUAUCAACGUAUGUGUUGGUGGAUCCAACCUAAUCAUUCAAACCAAAUCAAACAAAAUCAUACCAGAAGAAACUUGGAAAAUGAUGGCAAUCGAUUUUAUUGGUGAAUACCUAAGUGAUUCAAAUCUAUCUUUAUUAACAAAUUCUUAUGGAAAUAUAACAAUUAGAUCAAUAUCAGCAAUUAUUAAUAAUUCUACUAGUAGUAAUGUGAAAGGAAUUGAUCCAUUAGUUUAUAAUGCAUCAGCAACAGCCUUUUCAACACCAGGUGAAUUUAAGUUGGGUGCUCCAGCACCUGCAAAGAAAUCGGCAAAAGCAAAAGCAUUGUUGGUAGCUCCAAAAUCAAAUUCAAAGAUAUCCGACUUUUUUGUAAAGAAAUAA